GCACUGACUUGACCUGAAUAGUCUCUCGGGGAAUGUCUCUUAGGCUGUCCGGCGAAGUUUUCUGCAACAACUGUGCGGCUCACUGGGAGAUGGAGACACCAGGGAUCCCUUCUAUUGUGCAUUAAAACCAGACCUGGUGGCAAUUAAACGGUUCGUGUGUUGGAUCUGAACAUCUACAUUUCAUCAAAGUGAUUUAAACCAUGGGCAGACAACUACAGACUUCCAGACCUCCAUUAUCAUCUUCCAUCCACUAUGUCCUAGCUACCAGCAGCCCAGCCCCCUCCCCCGACCAUCCUGUCCUUUAAACCCCAGUCCCUCUCUACAUUUUCCUCCCUCUCCCAGUCCUUCAUCCCCAUUCCUGAUGUGGUGAUUUCUCGUCGUACCAACAGCGGCGCCCCUUCUAACGCGAUGAGCACCUUGCACCAGCAGCAUCAUGGCAGCACAGGCUCAGAGCGAGACCUCCACUCUGCUGCCUCCUCUGUCAGCCUCCCUUCAGUUAGAAAGACCCCCAAAAAGCGCCGCCUGUCCCUCCACUCACUCUUCAGCCGCCGGUGUCGGCCUGACCGCGACCCGAAGCGCAGGUCCAGGCCCCUGCAGGCUGCAGUCGGCAUGGACGCCAUCGUCAGCACAGAGAGCGUCCAUUCGGAGACCGUUCACGAUAAAACUUCUGCCCACUCUGCGCUGGCCGCAGCAUCAACUUCAUCGGUGUCAGGCUCCUCGUCCGAGCUGCUGGAGUGCCCGCUGUGCCUCCUGCGCCACGCACGUGAGCUCUUCCCAGACAUCAUGACCUGCCACCACCGCUCCUGCGCAGACUGCCUGCGACAGUAUCUCCGCAUCGAGAUCUCCGAGUCACGCGUCAACAUCUGCUGCCCCGAGUGCUCCGAGCGCUUCAAUCCCCACGACAUCCAGAUGAUCCUGGGGGACCGAGCCGUCAUGGAGAAGUACGAGGAGUUCAUGCUGAGGAGGUGGCUGGUGGCCGAACCGGACUGCCGCUGGUGCCCGGCCCCCGACUGUGGUUACGCAGUCAUUGCGUUUGGCUGUGCCAGCUGCCCAAAGAUCACCUGUGGGCGUGAGGGCUGUGGGACGGAGUUCUGCUACCACUGCAAACAGCUGUGGCAUCCCAACCAGACAUGUGACACCGCGCGGCAACAAAGGGCCCAAACGCUCCGGUUGAGAAGCUUCAGGUCGUCCUCCCUCAGCUACAGCCAAGAGAGUGGAGCAGCAGGUGACGACAUCAAGCCAUGCCCUCGUUGUGCUGCCUACAUCAUCAAGAUGAAUGAUGGAAGCUGUAAUCAUAUGACAUGUGCUGUCUGCGGCUGUGAGUUUUGCUGGCUGUGUAUGAAGGAGAUCUCUGACCUGCACUAUUUAAGUCCAUCAGGUUGUACCUUCUGGGGGAAGAAGCCCUGGAGCAGAAAGAAGAAGAUCCUCUGGCAGCUCGGCACGUUGGUGGGUGCACCCGUGGGCAUCGCCCUCAUAGCCGGCAUUGCCAUCCCUGCGAUGAUAAUUGGCAUCCCAGUCUAUGUGGGCAGAAAGAUCCAUAAUCACUACGAUGGCAAAGACAUCUCCAAACACAAGAGGAACUUGGUGAUAGCAGGUGGAGUGACGCUGUCUGUGAUCGUGUCCCCUGUGGUAGCAGCAGUUACCGUUGGUAUCGGUGUUCCCAUAAUGCUGGCGUACGUCUACGGAGUCGUCCCAAUCUCCCUGUGCCGAAGCGGCGGCUGUGGAGUGUCUGCGGGUAAUGGCAAAGGGGUGCGAAUAGAGUUUGACGACGAAAAUGACAACAUAGGCAGCGGGGCAGCAGCCACAGACACAACCUCUGUGGCAGAGACUCGGCUCAACAAUCCCAGCCUCGGAGAUGGAGCGAGUGUCGGCGGCCUAACGGGCCUGAGCCUCAGUGUCAGCGGGAGCCACAUGGAGCGCUGCGGCAUGAGCUCCACUCAGCGGGACAACAUGAGCGACAACGCCAGCACCACGGCCCUCGCUGGGACCAGCAUCACAGGCAGCCUCUCUGGCAGCUGCUACAACAGGAUGGAAGUGCAGGCUGACGUCCAGAAGGAGCGCUGCAGUCUGAGCGGGGAGUCAGCAACCGUCAGUCUCGGGACAAUCAGUGACAACGCAAGCACAAAAGCCAUGGCAGGAUCCAUCCUCAACGCCUAUAUGCCUCUGGAAAGAGACAAUAGUCUGGAUGUUCAGACAGACGCGGAGUCCAAACAAGAGAAGUUGAGGCACUGUAGCGCCAGCAGCAGCCUGGAUGAGGCCAGCUGUAGCAGCAGCACCGCCGGCCUUAAAGGUGCAGGCGGCGGCACAUGCUCAUGCCCCUCCACCUGCUGCUGUGCACAGCACGACAACCAGUGCUGCCCCUCGUCCCCCUGGUCGAAGGAAACCUCCACUUCAGGGUGCAUGAGGAGGAGUGGGAGGCUUUGGAAGAGAGCCAGCAGCGGCAGCAGCAACAAAGGAGACACAAAGAUGAACGAGAGCCGAGGAGAUGUGGACGCUCAGCUUCUGGAGCAGCGCAGCACCAACUCCUCUGAGUUUGAUUCCCCGUCCCUGAGUGGCAGCCUGCCCUCAGUGGCAGACUCGCACUGUAGCCACUUCUCAUCAGAGCUCAGCUGCUCGGACCCGGAAACCUCAAGACCGGCUCACCUGACCUGCUCCGCCCCAACGGACCCCCACCUUCACCAUCCCGGCUCCGCCUUCAAUGACAUCACCAUCACGCCCAUGCCCGAGGUGGAGAACGACCGCCUGGAGCAUUAUCCACCUCAGAGUAGCCAUGCAGCCUUCAACCACCGCCUACUAUCGUCAUCUCCCCCUGCUUCACCAAAAGAGGAAAGUAGCGUGACGUUUUCAAACAUCAGUAAGGACAGUGGAUGCGCCAUCGCAGACACGGAGUCAGAGAGGGACGAGAGAAUUAAAGAAACCACCAAAAACUCUGCCGCACAGCCUGAAAGCCCAACAAGAAACCACCGUGUACAAACAGAUAUCUAAGGAAGCUAUCCUGUUCUUUGGAGCGUUGGUGGUGUUACGACUGCUAGCUCAGUUAGCCUUAUUACAUUAUUUCACUAUUUAGUGAAGCCCAACCAUGCAUCUUGGGAAGCUGGUGGUCGAGUUUAAAGCUAUAAGUUUAAAACUAAUAAUAAUUUUACCCGCUUUGGGUGCAGGAAGGAAAAUGGUGAGAAUGUCAGUCCAUACAGUUACAGAGGGAGAGAGAGUUGGAGAGAGAUUUGCGAAUAUAGUAAAUGGGAGCACAGUAAAGUCGAAGCAGAUCAGUGGGUUUUGUUGUCAAGCUAGACAUGUGGGAACCAGAAGUUUCAGCCUGUUGUUGAAAUGUCAACUGGAGCAGCAAGGCCUUUAGUAGGUGGAGUUGUAUGGAGAAUGUAUGUGGACAGGUUGUAAAGUCGGUUGACCUGCAUAGUCUGACCCCUGAAUGAUGUUCUGAAUACAAAGCUCGAGGCUGAUCUUACCCUUUCCUGAUGCUUUCAAAAAGUGAUAAAGCUUUUCAAUACUAAGUUGAGCUGCUAUUUUAAAGCCUGAACCUAUCCUCCCUCGUGACAUCUGCAGAAAUCCGGUUUGCAUGAAUCAGAGAUGGAUAUGUCAUCACUGUGGUCCACCGCUGUACCACCAUCAUGACUUCUUAAAGCGGCAUGAGAAACAACACAGCUUAGGGAUUGUUGAACCUGAGAGGGACCAGUCGGUGCAGUAGCAAAUUCUAUUUUUGCAUAAUCAUCUAUAAGAAAUAUUAAUGUUGCUUAUGUUUAAAAUGUGACUCCUGAUUAUUUGUGCUUUGUCUUUACUUAUUUUUAUUUUCCAUUUUGGGAAAGUUGGUUUUAAUGUUAAAGCCCUGUGUUGGGUCCAAACUUUUUUUAGUAUGAUCGGUUGGGAGUUGUGUUGACAACAAGUUAAAAUGUAGCCCUUUUUAAAAAAAAAAAAAAAAAGUGGAUUGAAGACAGUUGUCAUCUUCACAAGCCUCUCUCUGCACUGGUAAAAUAAUUGUUUUUUUUAUUUGUGGAUGCACCUGUGCAAAUGUAACCUUCACUGCAAUUUUAAGUACAUUAUGGAAUUACGAGAGGUUUAUUAAAGAAAGGGAAUUUUAAGUUAUUCCUUGUAAACGGAACUAAGAAAAGCCCAAUCUUUAAAUUUGAAACUGUAGCAUUUCUUACAAGUUUAUAGGGCUUACUUUAGUGGUAAGUCACUAAAACUGGAAAGUCGAAACAAACGCAUUUGCAAUAAGAAAAAUAAGCUUUUAAAUAACUAUUCACAAGAUGUGUCCAGUCAAGAGCACACAACAACUUACUAACUAUAGCAAAAUCAAACUCUAAUACAGAUAAAGGUGCAAUGAUAAACUCUUGUGUCUUUUAGCACAUACAUGUCAGUGAUUUAAUAUUCAGUAGUGAAUGUAUGAUGAUAAUGACAUUUUUGAUUCUCCAUCAGUAAUAUCCAAAUCAAAAUAUAAUUUUUGAUUCUGAGCUUCGGGUGUAUUUUAACUACAAUGUGAUUUAAAUAGUUUUUUCUUAAAUCCUUGCAAAUGAUUAAUGCAAAUAUUUGUUUGGUUUUUUUUUGGACCCACAGUGCCUUUUGGGGAAAAAUCAUUUGGAUAGUGUUUUUAUUUCCUCAUUCUGUAUGUCUUCAAAUAAUAAUUUUAAAAAUCAUGAGAGAAUUAAUUAUAUUUGCUUCAUAAAAUGCAUGAAACUUGUGCUAAAUACUCCCCUGAGUGCUAAUGCUAGCUGUCACACUAGCUUGUUUAGCUUACCAAAGACUGCUCUAAAGGCCCCGACAUUAUGAUUCUGGGGCAGUACUUUAACUCAAAAUACUACUAUUUGUAAUGGUUAUUUUUAGGAAUAACAUUUUUAAAGUAUUUUCCUCAAAUAGCCAAAGUCAGUUCACCUGGGUUGUUAACUGAUUAUUUGUGCUUUGUCUUUACUUAUUUUUAUUUUCCAUUUUGGGAAAGUUGGUUUUAAUGUUAAAGCCCUGUGUUGGGUCCAAACUUUUUUAGUAUGAUCGGUUGGGAGUUGUGUUGACAACAAGUUGAAUUCAUCACUCUGCAGGUUGUUAGUCUCCUGUUGCCAAUAAAUACCCUGUUUAUCCAAAGCAAUCUGCAUUUUCAGUAUCAGACGUUGUGUUCAGCAGCUGAAUUUCCAGCCUGAACACAGAUUACUCUGCUGGGAGGUCAACCAGCCGAGCUCAGCAGAAGCUGUGUAGGAGCUGUUUAGGAGCUCAGCAGGAGCUGUGUAGGAGCUGUUUAGGAGCUCAGCAGGAGCUGUUUAGGAGUAGGGAGCCUGUCGUCGUAGCAGCGGUGACGUCGUUAGUAAGAGUUGUUGUACACCUCAUAUGCCUCCAGCUGCAGGAUGUUCCCUUCUGUUAAAUUCCUGUGAGUUUUAUAUUAUUAUUUGAAGACUAGUGCCAAGUCUAUUUUCGAACUUGGUCGAAAGAAGCCUAUGCUAUUUGAAAAAUGAUAUAUUCCCUAAUUAUUUGCUUUAUUAUGUGCAUGUUAAUGCAUA